AUGUAAUGUAGUUCAGUUGUAUACAUCUCACAAUCUCUUCAACACUAAGUACCUCUUAAUCUUGAGGAGAGGCGGCAAUAGCAACUUCAUAUUCGUGAAGUAUUUUGACUAGGGGAAUUCACGGAGUGCCCCACCUCCCAACGCAUCUGGUCACCUUUCAGGCUCAACUCAUUCGCACCUGAUGCAAGUCAUCCCCAGGUCAUAUCCUCAUCGAAGUUAUAAACGACGACAGUGCUCAGCGUAAAACGCCAAACCAUCCCCGCCCUUUUUCUCCUGGCUGGCCACUGCGGCGAACGGAAUAUCGAACUAUUUCCUACAUUUCCCUGACCCAAAUCCAACGUUAACCUAUAUUCUAGCUCCCUAGCCUCCCUAUCUUCCUCAUUCCGAAAGACACCACGACUACUCCGUACUUGACACUGACUGCCUUUUGACUCUUCUUUUGUCUCUACAAGACCAUGGGACGGGACGAUUUGCCGUCGCUUCUGUUACUCCCAUACCCUCCCGAGCCUUCAAGCCAAUCCCUCCUCAACGUUGCCUAUCGGCCCUCCAUCACGGCGGCGCUUUCGAAAUUGAAACGGCCAACAAAGGCGUCAAAGCUCAUCAUUGCUGUCGCUUGCCCCAUCUUGCACGGCCAGUUUCUCCGCUCCAAGACCCUCUCAUGGCCGGAAGCGCAGGCGCUGGUCGCCGGUGUCUAUGGCGUUGUCUCAGUCGUCUGUUCUCAGCUCUCCAUCAACACCGAGGUUGACGGUGGGCCCGGCUCCGUGGAUGCAACCGUCAUUUUAAUCGACCAUGAUCGCAAGAGGCGCUUUACUCCCGAUUUGCGUCCCGCCAUUGAGCCAAACAACACCGUCGUGGUAGACAUGGCAACAUUCGCCUCUGCGUACUAUCCCUGGGACUACGUCUUCCAUGUGCGGACCGAACUCGGACUCGAGGUGUAUCAAACCUACCUCAGGUUUGCCGAAGGAAAGCAGACGCUUCUGCAGGAGCAGCUCAUACCGGUCGAAGGCGGACUGACUUUGAAUGUUGCGCAAGGCGAUUCCCCAAGAUCGGCAACGCAGACGUCCAACUACCCGGUCGUCUGCCUCGGCGGAACGUUCGAUUAUCUCCAUCCAGGCCAUAAGUUGCUGUUAACGGCAGGCGCGCUCUUACUGCAAGUGCCACGGAAGGGGGAUUCUUCACAGCCAUGCCACUACAUAAUUGGCAUAACAGGCGACGAGAUGUUGAGAAAUAAAAAGUUUGCCGAAUAUGUCCAGCCAUGGGAGCAGCGGGCGCAGAACGUUAUACUAUUCUUGUCUUGCCUUCUUGAGCUGUCACAUCGCGGAUGGAAAGACGGCACAGGACCGAAGAUUGAUGCGCAAGACGGCGAUUUUCGGACCUCUUUUCGAGAAGGCACAAUCCAAGUUCAGUGCGUGCGGAUCCACGAUCCUUUUGGCCCGACCAUCACGCUUGAGGAUAUCGAUGCUCUGGUCGUAUCGGGUGAGACGAGAUCGGGUGGGCGAGCCGUCAAUGAGAAGCGAGCCGAACGGGGCUGGGCCGCACUCGAGGUUUUUGAGGUUGAUGUGCUCGACGCAGGGGAAAUCUCGGAUGAGCCCAGCAAGACGGAAAAUUUUGCUUCCAAGAUUAGUAGCACUGCGAUCCGGCAACAGAGGGCGCAUGCAAGGGCAUUUACGAAGAUAUGACGAGUUUUGAAGGGACCAUGUGCUCGAAGAAUCAAACAUGUUGUGGUUUGAACCUACUAGCCCUCUGUUUCUGCCUUACGGUGACACUAUCCGCCCCCGGGAGCACACCCGAGCAGGGAGGAUGAAAUAGGGAAGUAGACAAAAGUGUGUGGAAUAUCAAAGAAGUCGAGCCGACCAUCUGAGAAACCGAGGGCCAAGGCCCGGGCAACAGCUUGGGACAAGGAACGCUAUCUGACCAGAGGCGAUUCGAGAAUUCGUCUCAACGCCUGGAAGUGUAGGUAGCAGCUCCUGUUGGACACUCGCAGCAGUAUACUUGCGUAUAGACCUGAUUAAG